UGUUCAAGUGAUGUCUUUCUCAUCAGAUGAUGCAGCAGAUAAACUAAUUGAAGAUACGUUUGACGAACAUGUUGAUAAUUUUAUCGACCAACAAGUUGAUAAUUUCAUCGACCAACAAAUUAACAAGCCGAAGAGACGAGCUUAUAUCGAAAGACAUAGGGAGCAAGGCCACGAAGACCUUUGGAAUGACUAUUUCAGUGAAAAUCCUACAUACCCACCAGAAAUGUUUAGGCGGCGUUUUCGAAUGACGAAGCCAUUGUUCCUUUCCAUUGUCGAUCGCCUGAGUAAUGAAGUUCCAUACUUUCGUCAAAGACAAAAUGCUCACGGAAGGUACGGCCUAUCUGCACUUCAAAAGUGUACUGCAGCUAUACGUAUGCUAGCAUAUGGUCAAUCGGGAGAUACGUAUGACGAAUAUCUCCGACUUGGUGAGAGUACCGCACUUUUAUGUUUGGAGAAGUUCAACGAAGCGAUAAUACAAUUGUUUGGAGAUGAGUAUCUACGAAAACCUACACCAGCUGAUCUUCAACGAUUACUCGAUAUCGGAGAGGUACGCGGAUUUCCGGGAAUGAUAGGCAGCAUCGACUGUAUGCAUUGGGAGUGGAAAAACUGCCCUAGGUCUUGGAGAGGGCAGUACACACGAGGUCACGGAAAGCCGACCAUUGUCUUAGAGGCUGUGGCAUCACAGGAUCUUUGGAUAUGGCACGCAUUUUUCGGUUUACCAGGUACCCUAAACGAUAUUAAUGUUCUCGAUCGAUCACAAGUUUUUUCUGACAUUAUACAAGGUCGAGCUCCUAAAGUUAAUUUCACGGUCAACGGCCACAAUUAUCGUAUGGCGUACUACCUUACAGAUGGAAUCUAUCCGAAAUGGUCAACAUUUAUCCAAUCCAUUCCACUACCUCAAGGUCUUAAAGCUGAGCUUUUUGCUGAAAAAUAA